CUGGGCGUAGGAAAAAUCUGUGGGGGCUGCCCAGGAAAGGCAAAAAAAAUUCUCUGCAAAGUGUCUGAGGAGCGUGCAGGGAUUCUUUAUUUCUGAUUCUAUGUAAAGGAGGGCGUUGUUUUCACGGAGGGCCCGAUGAGCGUGCCGUUACAUUCCAUUUUCCUGCGCGCCAAACACCCCCAGAACCAGAAGCCCUUCAAAUAAAUUUUAAAAAAUGGAAAGGAAAUGAGAAAAGAGAGACCACAGACGGACCAAAGAAACCAUCAGGGAAAAAGGACAGGCGUGAAACCCCUCUCAGAUAAAAACCCUUCAUCUGCUUACUGCAUUUGUCUCUCUCUCUCUGGUCUGUAGUAGUGUGGAGAGAGAAAGCUUGACAGAGGGUGAGAUGUUUGUGAGUGUGGGAUUGAGAUUUUCUUCCCUCUUGUUAUAAUGAGCAGGAGCUGUCCUACCUUCUUCUGGGAAGAAGAUGGCUCUGCGGCAGGAAGAGGAACAGCUACAAAACCCUCCGUUUCACCUCGACGGUCUCUAUUGCGAAGAAGAACGUUUUGAGGAUGAUUCGGGAGACGAUGGGUUUGGGGAAAAGAGCCAGAACUGUGAUGAUCAUAGCGUGAGAAGACCCUCGAUUUCUGACCUCUGCCGCGAAUGUGAAGACGACGAGCUUGUUUCGCUCAUGCUCAAAGAAGAACAGUGCAGUGUCUGUUACGGGGACCUGAAGGAAGAUGCGUUUCUAAUGGCGGCUCGUGCAGAGGCUGUUUGGUGGAUGCUUAGGGUUAAUGAUCAUUAUGGAUUCUCUGCUCUCACCGCUGUUUUGGCCGUUAACUACUUCGACAGGUUCAUGUCAAGCCUGCGGUUCCAGAGAGAUAAGCCAUGGAUGACUCAACUCAUCGCCGUCGCUUGUCUCUCUUUGGCUGCAAAGGUGGAGGAGACCCGAGUUCCUCUUCUGUUGGACCUGCAAGUGGAGGUAUCAAAAUCAAAAUAUUUGUUUGAAGCGAAGACGAUUCAGAAAGUGGAGCUUUUGGUGUUGUCUACUCUUAACUGGAAGAUGAAUCCUUUGACCCCAUUUAACUUCUUAGAUCACUUUAUGAGGAGGGUCGGGAUGGAGACACACCUCACCUGGGAAUUUCUGUGGAGGUGUGAGCGUCUCAUUCUUUGUGUCAUUGCUGAUUCAAGGAUUGUGUGUUAUCCUCCAUCCGUAAUUGCUACUGCAACAAUGCUGCAUGCAAUCAAAGAGGUUAAGCCAUGUAAUCUUGUGGAAUUCCAGAACCAGCUUGUGGGUGUUCUUAAAAUCAGUAAGGACAAAGUAGAUGAGUGCUAUAAACUCAUUCUUGACUUAUCAAGCACCCAAGGGCAGAGUCUUCACCAACCCAACAAACGCAAGCGUCAUGUGUCCACACCGGGCAGCCCAAAUGGAGUUAUUAGUGCGACUUUCAGCUGUGACAGCUCGAAUGAUUCAUGGGCCGUAGCAUCCUCGGUUUCAUCGUCCCCAGAGCCUCUGUUCAAGAAAAGCAGAGCAUUGGAUCAGCAGAUGAGAUUAACUCCUCUAAAUAGGCUCUCUGUGAAUGUGCUUAGCAGCCCUCGUUGAACCCUUAUUAUCUACUAUUAGUUGUGAUAAUUUUACAGUCUCAUAUGAUCUCAUUUGCAAUAUUAAUCGUUGUGUUCUUAUGAUGCAA